AUGAGGGCAAGCGGCCACUUCCUCUCCCUGGCGCUGCUGCUGCUGCUGCUUCUGGCCCUCGGGGCUCAGCUCUCCGCCUCGGCUCCCCGGGAAAGCAAAGCCAAGGCAGGCUACUGCUUCCAUGUGCCACCCCUGGGCGACGUCUUUGACGAGAAGGACUGCAGCGCCUGCCAAAAGAACGGGACCUGCUCCGUCUGCUCCAGCGACUCCCAGUGCCCGGACACCCAGAAGUGCUGCCCGGGGGACUGUGGCUACGUCUGCCAGGAAGCCAUCUUUGACUUUUGCCACCUUCCCUCUGUCUGUGGGAACUGCAAGGCGAUGUUUUCACGCUUCUUCUACAACUCCUCCAGCCAGAAGUGUGAGCAAUUCAUCUACGGUGGCUGUGGCGGAAACAAGAAUAAUUUUGAGACGGAAGACGAGUGUCUCAAAACUUGUGUUUAUACCCGGGCUGUCUAGCCCUCCUGUGAGCAGCUAGACAUGGGAAAAUUUCCUCCCACUUCCCCACUCCCUGAUGCAAAAGGCCAGGCUUAUCUCGGCUGUUCCAGCUUCUGUCUUGGCUUGGAAGAAAGAACCCACCGAGAGUAUGUCCAUCUUGGGCUCUGUUCCAGGAAGCCAACCUUGGAGGGGGGGAGCAGAGGUGCUGGGGGGCUUGGGUCCUGCCUGAGCACCUCCUUGCCCCUGGUGCCUCCUAGGGCUGCCCAGCCCAGCUAACCUGCCAAAAGCCUGUUCCCCCAUUUCCUUGUGGGAGCUGCACCUCUCUGCAGAAAACGUGUUUGUCUGACCAAUGAAGUCCAAGCUGGGUUUUCGGUUCCUCGUUUGUUGGAAUUCCCUUGACUUUAUUCCCUCUUCUCAAAACAAUGGUGCCAGCGUGGAGGGGUUGGUGCUUGGCACUAUUGCUCCCUUGCCUUGGCAAAGGGCUGGCCCCUUUUCUUGGCCCCCGCGGCUUGGGGCUUUGCAACCCAAGGACUACUGCUGCUGCUGCUGCUCCCGCCGCUGCCACCAGGUGAGGGACCACAGGGCCACAGGCCCUCGCUGCCGUGUACCUUGCACCUUGCUCAGAGAUUCAAAGUCCUCUUCUGGAUCUGCCAGAUCUUCAACUGUCUGCCUUAGAUUGUGGACCAUUUUAUGUGGCUCAUUAGGCCUCCAGGAAGGACCCCAGACCACCUGGACUUUUCUGUCUUGGCUGGAUUGCGAUGCAUUUUCACAAUUUCCUUCCAACGGCAUCUGUGGCAUGUUGCUUCCUCAGGAAAUGGACUUUGCCCAAGCAAACUGCUCAGGAGCCCAUCUUUCCCUUGAGACACCUGGUUGAAGAACAGAGGAAGACCACGGAGGGCCAGAGCCAAAUGCCAGGGGCCAAGGAGGCCCUUCCAGAAAUGAAAAGGAAUCAAACUCAGGCCAGGGUCUCUUGGCGAAUUAUCAGUGUGGUGGGAGCAUAACAGGGAAAGGUGAAAGAG